AUGCCAGUCAUAAAACAACCAUUUUUGAGUCAAUGUUCAGUCGACGAACGUGAGUUAUUACUUGACGAUUUCGAUCAGUUCACUUGUCAACAACCACAUCUUUUAAAAGAGACAACAAUCGAAAUCGAUAAUAUUCCUCAAUUUUUAAACAACACUGCAAUACAACAUAUCUAUCCAUUUAAUGGGACAGAUUCAUUUGGAGAACUUCUUCUGGAUGAUCAACAGUCAAACGAUCGCUCAAUAGAUAUGACAAAGUUCUCAGUAUCAUCGUCACUACCAGUUAUUACUCCUCAAUUAGAUACGCCAGAAUUCUUAAUUAAUAAUCCAUUUGCCAAUAGUACAUCUAAUGAUAACAAUCCUGUUGAUUAUCGACAACAACCGAAGGUACGACCGAACUUAUCAAGGAGAACGUAUUCGGUUUCUACUGCUAGACUUUCAAAUGACUUAUCAGAGGAAAUCAAUUCUUUCAGUUCCCUUCCAACUUCUCCGAAUCAUUCAGAAGAUUUUUCACAGUAUUUAACUCCACCACAAACACCAUCACAAUUGGCUGAUAUUACUGAAUGGUUGGUGGUUGACGAAGUAACAAGACGUAAACGACGUCCAUAUUUAUAUGAAUUUCUCAAACAAUUAUUGGAUAAUCCAAAAUAUCAUCACAUGGCAACUUACAUCAAUCGUCAGGAAGGCAUAUUUAAACUUCACUUACCAAAUGAUACUGCUGCUCUGUGGAAAUAUAUUAAAGGAAGAAAUAGUGGAAAUAAAAUGACCUAUGAUAAAUUGGCAAGAGCAAUCCGUCAUUACUAUCCACAAGGGGUAAUCAAGUCGAAUCCAGGACGAUUCACAUUUCGGUUUGGACCAAAAUCGGGUUUCGCAAUCGUCCUGGGAAAUAAACGUUCUCCAACUCAAAUAGCGCAGUCUGUUGACGAUUUAAACGAUCAUACUAUUUCUGCUGAAUUAAUAGAACAUAUUAUUCAAUAUGUUGCCGAUCAACAAGAAAUUGAAGCAUUUCGAAAUUUAUCGUUUCCAAAUGAACAAUUAUCCCGACCUGAUCAAUUGAUGUAUGAAGUGACAAACAUCUCGUCUUAUAUGGAGAAGCUUAAUACACUGAGUUUCAAACUGUUAUUCCCAGGAAAAACUAAACUAUUAAACGCCCAAAUUCAACAAGCGAAAGAAGCAUGUACAUAUUUAAGACAAUCGGAACAUUUAAAAAAGUUAUUGGAGAUUACUUUAACCCUUAUUAAUGAAUUAAAUAAAGCAUCUGCAAUACCACCAUUGCAAGGUUUAUCUCUGACGGAUAUCGAUAAACUUCAUGAAUUCAAGUCACCAAAAACACGUAUAUCAAUACUGACAAUAGUACGUCAAAUCUGUCAUGAUCAAUGUCCGCAAGUGUAUGAGUUGAAAAAUUCUUAUAGUUUAAUUUCAUUAGCAUCGAAAAUUGAUCUUAAUAUCAUAAAUAACGAAAUUAAUGAAUUACAAACACAAGUGGAUUGCAUUAACAUAUGGUUAAAGAAGUUUUACGAUGAAUCAUCUGGGGACAUUAACAAGAUUAAUAAUUUAAAUACUAUGAUGAUAUUUCUAACCGACUGUCGAACAAUUAUUCAAGAUUUAGAUCUAAAACAACGUGAAUGUUUGAAAGAAUUUCAUGAAACUAUUCGUUAUUUUGGUGAUGAUGAUAAAUCGAUAAAUUCAACUUAUUUCUUUGCAGUAUUUGCAAAUUUGAUACGUUCGUUCACCGUUAGGAAAUAG